AUGCGGGUCACUCCAAUUGUUCUCCUCUACGCCGUGAGCUUGACAGGCGGCAUGGUCAUUUCUCCCAGACAUGCUGAUGAGGCUCACAUUGCUGUGCAUAACGAUGGUCCUUGGUGGGACGGUGACCAUGGUGGUCACGGUGACGGUGGUCCCCCAGAAAAGACUCCCUGUGAGACUGAAACUCUUCUUGUUGAAACUCCCAAACCCGGGAUCUCCACCCCGUGCGAGACAGACACACCGACUAUUCCCCCAGUUGUGACGCCUACUAUUCCUCCGGUGAUAACAGCUACCUUGACCCCAUGUAAAACUGAUAAUCCGACCCCGCCUCCUGAGACUCCCCCGCCUGUUGAGAGCUCCACCCCAUGCGAGACCGACACGCCUACUAUUCUCUCAGGUGUGAUGCCUACUAAUCCCCCAGUUCUGACAUAUAACUCAGCCCCAUGUGAGACUGAACCUACAAAUUUGCAUUUAACUCUGCCUCCCUUUACGAAGCCAACCUCAACUCCUUGUGUGACUGAUGCUCCUGCUUCUUCCCCUGCGAGCUCAACACCCAGAGUGACUGACAAUUCUACUUCGCCUCCUCCUGUCAGCAUCACUUCCUGUGAGACCGAGAACUCCACAGCCACGUCUCCUCCGGUCGUCGUGACCACCACCUACACCACAACCACAUGCUCAAUCACCUGGAGCACUGUCACAAGCUGCUCGUCAACUUACACGCACCCCAUGGCCCACGCUGAUACGACCACCGUGACGUCUGUUUCCAUUUGCACUGACGGUUGCUCUCAGCCCACAGCCCCUUCCACGGAACAAACAACUCCCCCUGUUGUUUCCACAACUUCUGUCGCAGUUCCUCCCUCGGCUACUGAGCUCACUGCACCAGAACAGUCAACCCUCGUUACUUCAUUCAAUUCCGCUCCUAAUGUCUCCUCGUCUCCUGCUUUUAACAGUGCUUCAGUUAUCCACCAAUCCGCUGCGGUGUUCAUUCCUGGCCUGACCCUUCUGUUUGUCCUGCUGUAA